AUGGAGAGGCCCAUCACGGUCUUGUGGGUGAGUCUGUACCACCCCACCCAGGGCCCUGAAGCCUUCGCCAAGAUCCCGCCGAGGUUGAGGCACGACACCAGCCCUCUGCUGGUAGGGCGUGGCUCCGAUGCCCACAUCCAGCUGCAGGUCUCCUGCCUCUCCCGACGACACCUGUCCCUGGAGCCCUACCGAGAGAAGGGCAGCGCUCUGCUGGCCUUCUGCCUUAAGGUCCUGAGCCGCAAGGCCUGCGUGUGGGUCAACGGCCUGACUCUCAGUUUCCUGGAGCAAGUCCCCCUCAGCAGCGUCAACAGGGUCGCGUUCUGCGGCAUCCAGAUGUUGGUCCACAUAGAGAGCGGCACCUCUCUGGAGGCCCUUGUCUGCUGCUUCCGUCUCAGCCCUUCACCCCUGAUUUACAGGGCCCAGGUGGAGGAGACUGAAGAAUGGGAAAGCAGCCCUCGGGAGCAGUGUCGCCAGGGCUCAGGACAGCAGGCUGCAGGACACCUGGGGAUUCUCCAGGACCCUCCCCAGCCAAACCCUGGAGGAGGAACAGAAAUACAGCUCCAGAGGGAGAUUCCGGACAGUAGGCUGUGCUAG